AUGUCGUCGUUUGCCGACCUAGGACUAAAUGACUGGCUUGUCAAGCAGUGUAAAGCCAUGGGAUUGACGAAAUCGACUCCGAUUCAGCAACAAUGUGUCCCACACAUUUUGAAAGGAGAAGAUUGUAUUGGUUGUGCUAAAACUGGAAGUGGUAAAACAGCAGCCUUUGCCUUACCUGUUUUGCAGAAGUUAUCAGAGGAUCCUUAUGGUAUAUUUGCAUUGGUCUUAACUCCUACAAGAGAGUUGGCAUUCCAAAUAUCUGAACAGUUUCGAGUUUUAGGUAAACCAAUUGGUGUUAGAGUAACUGUAAUAACUGGAGGCUUGGAUAUGAAUCAACAGGGUAUAGAUCUAACAGUAAAACCACAUAUAGUUAUAUCGACCCCUGGUCGUCUAGCAUCACAUAUUGAAAACUGUGAUACUUUCUCACUCAAGAAAAUUAAAUUUCUGAUACUAGAUGAAGCUGAUAGAUUACUAGAAGAUGAUUUUGGUGAACAACUAGAAACUAUAUUUAAUACAUUACCUCAAAAACGUCAGACAUUAUUAUUCAGUGCCACUUCCUCACCUACUUUCAAUGAGUUAAUGUCUGUUUCCGAUAAAAAACCAUUCUUCUGGCAGCAAGAAGCCAGUAUAGCUACAGUAGAAGAAUUAGACCAGAGAUAUGUUCUUUGUUCAGCUGAUGUGAAGGAUGCCUACAUGUUUCAUGUCUUAGACAAAUUCCUGGAGGACAAUCCUAGAAGUUCUGUCAUGAUCUUUACAAAUACAUGCAAAUAUGCUCAAGUAUUAGGAAUGAUAUUACAAGAAAUGGGUGUAAAAUGUGUUAUUCUUCAUUCUACAUUACGUCAACCAGAACGACUGGCUUCUUUAGCUUCAUUUAAAUCACAUAAGGUUAAAAUUAUGAUAGCCACUGAUGUUGCUAGUAGAGGUUUAGAUAUACCAACAGUUGAUUUGAUUAUAAACCAUAAUGUACCAAAUAGACCUAAAGAUUAUGUACAUAGAGUGGGGCGUACAGCUCGAGCAGGUGGAUGUGGUAAGGCUAUUACUAUGGUAACACAAUUUGAUAUUAAAUUAGUUCAUGCUAUAGAAGAAUUUAUAAAUUGUAAGCUAAAAGAACACUCUGCUGAAGAAAGUGAAGUGAUGGAAAUAUUAACAGAAGUGGCUGUUUCUAAAAGAGAGGCUGAAAUUAGAUUAGAUGAGAAAGAUUUUGGUCAACAGAAAAUUUUACACAAGAAAAGAAGAAUUGUAAUGGAAGGAGAAGUAAGACUAUAG